AUGCCCUUUUUCAACAGUUUGUUGUACAACCUGGAAUUAUUGCUCGAAAUGACCAGCGCCCUGCUGAUCAUCGUUGGCUGCAAUCGCAAAAGCCACAUGUACGACAAGGUGCUGGGCCAAUUCGUAAGCCUCCAGCUAGGCUUCGACCGGCGGGAACUGAGCUGGGUUGCCGGUUGGUUUAACCGACUGUUGUUCAGCUCUGUGAUAAUUUUUUUCGUCGGUAUCACUGUUGAUUGGCUGUCCUGGCAGCAACCUUACAUGACCCUUUCGUCCCUGUGCUGCGUUCACAUACCGGUGCUGUUGACUGCGAUGGCGGUGUCUCAGUACUGGUUCGCCAUUACGUUCGUUCUUCAGAACUGUCGUAAAAUUAAUCGCCAAAUGAACGAGUUUUCAGACCGUACCAACGACGACGGCGACAAGCGACUGUAUGAGCUGGAAAGGCUGCGAAUGCAGCACAAGGAUCUACACGAGCUGAUGCUGUACAUCAACGAUGGAUUCGGAAAGCUUUUGCUCAGCACUUUUUUGGCCAUCGUGGUCGUUGUUAACGUGGAGCUGCUAGAACUAUAUCAGUAUUUCCGACGCGGUGUUUUGUCAGUUUCCGUUGGUUCGCAUAUACUGUACGCCCUUGUGUGGUUGUUACUCCACCUUGUGCUGCUGCUGCUGAUCGUAUAUCCGAACCACGCAAUGCACAAUGAGCGUAUGCGAACAGGACUACUUCUAUUCGAGCUGCCUGGGAUGGAUUCUGAGCGAGGAGAUCACGGCAUAAUGCACUUUUCCCAGCAAAUCCUACACCAACGGCAACCGUAUAAGGCUUGCGGAAUUAUUACAUUGAACCUAUCAAUCAUCAGCACGAUUGUUGGAGCGCUAAGCACGUGUUUAGUAAUUUUGAUACAAUUUGCAUCCAAUUGA